ACCCGAGGUGGUGGAGCGCUGGUUGAAGACGCUCCCGACGGUGGAGGGAGCGAGCGAGAUGUUCGGACCGGAGGAGACGUUUCCGCGACCGUUGGAUUCGGCGCUGUAUCGAAAGAUUCAACGGAGGGUGCGGGAUGAGGUGGUGGAGCCGUUGAGAAAGACGCGCGGGCGAACGCCGCACGGACGCGGAGGGUGCGCGGUGGACGCGUUUUGCGUCUUGGCGUUUUAUAUCGCGGCCAUGGUGGCGUACUGGCGGAAUCCGACGUUGAUGAGCGGAUGCGUGCUCGGUUUAGCGGGGUACUGGUCGGGCACUGGGUUGCAACACACCGCGAACCACGGCGGGUUGACGAAGAGCAGUUUUUGGAAUCAGUUCUGGGGUUGGCUCGGGAACGACGUCGCCAUCGGUAAGAGUUCGGUGGAGUGGCGGUAUCAUCACAUGGUGAGCCAUCACUCGUACUGUAACGACGCGGAUUUGGAUCAGGAUGUGUACACCGCACUGCCGCUCCUGCGCCUGGACCCGUCUCAGGAGUUGAAGUGGUUUCAUCGAUACCAGGCGUUUUACGCCCCGCUCAUGUGGCCGUUUUUGUGGCUCGCGGCGCAGUUUGGCGACGCGCAGAACAUCCUGAUCGACCGAGCGUCGCCGGGCGUCGCGUACAAGGGAUUGAUGGCGAACGAGGUCGCGCUGUACGUUCUCGGUAAGGUUUUACACUUUGGUCUUCUCCUCGGCGUUCCUGCGUACUUGCACGGAUUGUCCAACGCGAUCGUUCCAUUCUUGGCGUACGGCGCAUUCGGCUCCUUCGUCCUGUGCUGGUUCUUCAUCGUCAGCCAUAACCUCGAAGCGCUGACACCCGUUAACCUUAACAAGUCCACGAAGAACGACUGGGGGGCGUGGCAGAUCGAGACAUCGGCGUCUUGGGGCAACGCGUUCUGGAGCUUCUUCUCUGGAGGUCUGAACCUGCAAAUCGAGCACCACCUCUUCCCGGGCAUGGCGCACAACCUGUACCCGAAGAUGGUGCCGAUCAUCAAGGACGAGUGUGCGAAAGCGGGCGUUCGCUACACCGGUUACGGUGGCUACACCGGCCUGCUCCCGAUCACCCGCGACAUGUUCUCCUACCUCCAUAAGUGUGGCCGAACGGCGAAACUAGCCUAA